AUGAGCAUCUUCUUUAUAAUACUUCUUGCCUUCCAGGAUGUAUUGUUAUUCCCGAUUGCUGCUUUCCCUCGCUUCAUCAGUAUUCCAGCGAUCAUCAUUAGACGAUUCUUCUUACCGGUUCAAAGUAAGAAAGCACCCAAGCGAUGGCCAUAUAACGUCGCACAGCUCUUGUCGCAGAAGCCUACUGGCCGAGAAAAAUCCCUAGCAUUAGUUCUGCAAGAUGACGAUAUUGUUGAACGAGUCGCGCGCCAUCUUCACUACGACGAUCUAGUCAACCUCUCGCUGGCGUCCAAGCUGACGCGCACUGCGGUAUUCUACCCAUCGAUGGACUCUUCAUCCCGCCGCGAUCGCAUAGAGUCGCUGUGCGUAGCGUCAUGCUUGGAUGGACAAAAGAGCGAGUGCUGGUCGUGCGAGCGCGUAAUAUGCGAUGACUGCAAAUCGGAAAAGCGAACGAUCCGAUCCUCGCGCGUAAAAGACCACUUCACCCACUGCUACGCCGUGUGUACACCCUGCUACCUCAUUUCAGCACCAGGAGGCGCCGGGCCGUUCCACGCAAAAUGGAACAUGCAAGAUCUGGAAAUGCAGCAUAUAAACUGCUGUACCUUCCAGCAGCCGCAGUGGGAGGACGGCGGUGGAGGCAAGAGAUGA